AUGGCGGCGGCCGCGGCGGCGCUGUCGGGCUCGGGCCCCCCGCCCGCGGGCGGCGGCGGGGCCGGGGGCGGCGGGUCCCCGCCGGGCGGCUGGGCCGUGGCGCGGCUGGAGGGCCGCGAGUUCGAGUACCUGAUGAAGAAGCGCUCGGUGACCAUCGGGCGCAACUCGUCGCAGGGCUCGGUGGACGUGAGCAUGGGCCACUCGAGCUUCAUCUCCCGACGCCACCUCGAGAUCUUCACGCCCCCGGGCGGCGGCGGCGGCGGCCAUGGCGGGGUCCCGGAGCCGCCCGCGCAGCCGAGGCCCGACGCCGGCGCCGGCGGCGACUUCUACUUACGCUGCCUCGGCAAGAACGGCGUGUUCGUGGACGGCGUGUUCCAGAGGCGCGGGGCGCCGCCGCUGCAGCUGCCGCGCGUAUGCACGUUCCGCUUUCCCAGCACAAACAUCAAGAUAACAUUCACCGCCCUGUCCAGCGAGAGGAGGGAGAAGCAGGAGGCACCCGAGUCCCCAGUGAAGCCCGUGCAGCCCCAGAUCUCGCCUCUGACCAUCAACAUUCCAGACUCCAUGGCCCACCUGAUCAGCCCCCUGCCUUCCCCGACGGGCACCAUCAGCGCUGCAAACUCCUGCCCAUCCAGCCCCCGUGGGGCAGGGUCUUCGGGGUACAAAGUGGGCCGUGUGAUACCAUCUGACCUCAAUUUAAUGGCUGACAACUCACAGCCAGAAAAUGAGAAGGAAGCCUCAGGUGGAGACAGCCCGAAGGAUGAUUCAAAGCCACCUUAUUCCUAUGCACAAUUAAUAGUACAAGCGAUUACCAUGGCUCCUGAUAAGCAGCUCACCCUAAACGGAAUCUAUACGCACAUCACUAAAAACUACCCCUACUACAGGACCGCAGACAAGGGCUGGCAGAAUUCAAUUCGCCACAAUCUCUCUCUGAAUCGUUAUUUCAUCAAAGUACCACGUUCCCAGGAAGAACCGGGCAAAGGCUCGUUCUGGAGGAUAGACCCUGCCUCUGAGAGCAAGUUAAUAGAGCAGGCUUUUAGGAAAAGACGGCCUAGGGGCGUGCCUUGCUUUAGAACCCCUCUGGGACCGCUCUCUUCUAGAAGUGCCCCCGCCUCACCCAACCAUGCGGGAGUGCUGUCUGCUCACUCCAGUGGCGCGCAGACCCCCGAGAGCCUGUCCCGGGAAGGUUCACCGGCCCCUCUGGAGCCGGAGCCAGGAGCUGCACAGCCCAAGCUGGCCGUCAUCCAGGAGGCGCGGUUUGCCCAGAGCGCACCAGGUUCUCCUCUGUCCAGUCAGCCAGUUCUGAUAACUGUGCAGCGGCAGCUACCACAGACGAUUAAACCUGUCGCCUACACGGUGGCCACGCCUGUGACGACCUCAACCUCCCAGCAGCCCGUCAUGCAGACGGUCCACGUGGUCCACCAGAUCCCUGCGGGGGCGGUCACCAGUGUAACCGGGUUGGCACCAGCAAACACUUAUGCAGUUGCUGGAGCAGCAGUGGUCACCCAGGCAGCCAUGGUGACCCCUCCCAAGGUGGAGCCACAGGAGAACGGAGAUCACAGAGAAGUGAGAGUGAAAGUGGAGCCUCUCCCUGCAAUUGGCCAUCCCCCUCUGGGGGCCACCAGCCGGGUCAUCCAGACGUCCCCACCCACCCCUGUCCAGACGGUCACCAUAGUACAGCAGGCACCUCUAGGCCAACACCAGCUACCAGUAAAAACUGUAACUCAAAACGGGACUCACGUGGUCCCGGUCACUGCUGCAGUCCACGGACAGGUGAACAACGCAGCUGCAAGCCCCUUACACAUGCUGGCGACCCACGCGUCAGCGUCUGCGUCCCUGCCUACAAAGCGCCAGAAUGGCGAGCCACCAGAGCAGCCGGAGCUGAAGCGGAUCAAGACGGAGGACGGAGAGAGCAUCGUCAUCGCCGUGAGUGUGGACACGCCACCUGCAGCUGUGCGGGAGAAGGGCGUCCAGAACUAGGCACACAUUCCUCCUUCGCAAAGUGUCAACUGUGGUGCCAAAAGGAGGCGCGUUUGCCCCUCGCGUCGGAUGUCCCCACUCAGUGGUAAAGGGCCCUGUGGUUGGACUUCACCCCUCAGCACUGAAAACGCAAACCCGGGUGGCCUUAAGACUCCUUAAUUUAAAAACAAAAAUCACACUUGAAAAAAACCACACACAGGAAAACCUUGAUCCAGAGGCCAUGGCCUCCUUCCCUGCCGAACCUCGUCGGCCGCAGCACUUAGGGUCACCCUCCAGGCCUCGCUUCAGGACCGAGCUUCUCCAGGACGGUGGCACGUGGCUCACAGGACCCAGCCCUCCGCACAGGGACAAAGGCAGGCUGCCGCCCCCUACCCGCCACCCAUGUGAGCUGCCGUGGCAGGCGCUGGUAGACAGUAUUUUGUUCACACGUGGAAUUAGAAUAUUUUGAGGUGUACUUUCUUUCUUUACAAAAUAACGGGGUCAUUGACAUUUCAAAUCACUCCAUUUCUACUCUGGAAAUUUUGGAAUCACAGUACUUUUCGUGUGAAAUUUCACUUGGGGAAAAAGAAAUAAUGCGGUUUUUGUUGUUUGUUUUCAGCCUAUGGAAUGACUUCCUCUUGUCUGUCCUGUUAGAGUUCAGAUGACGCGACUCCGUGGUAGCUGCAGAUUGUCCGUGUCAGGGCGGCAGCCUGACAAACUGACCCACCUCUCUCUGUGUGUGGUGACCCAAUGCUACCGGGCUGCACGUGACGACGAACCGCAGAGUCAGGGGCAUGUGGCCAAUGGGUAGAGAACUGCUGAAACUCGCCAGAGCUGCACUUAACCUGUUUCUUUCUUGCUACUUUUUGUUGUUUGUUUCUUUGUGUUGACUUUGUCCCUGGUAUAAUUUUCUGCUCUGAGUAAAACAAGUCUCGCCAAGUAUUGUAUUAUGUUUAAAGCUACGGAACUGUUAUCACUUCAUUUGGGGGAAAAGAUCCAAUCUUUUAUCACACACCCUUUUCAAACAAAGAUCAAAGAUCUCUUGUGACAUAGUCAAUAUUUUAGGUGUCACCACCUGGCUUUAGAACUGUCUGACAGCUCGUCCCCACUCCCUGUGCAGCAGUGGACAGAGCUGCAUGUUCAUGGAGCCCCUUGGAAGCAGGCAUCCUGCAGUCAGCGUUUGGAACGUGGAGGUUGUUUUCUGAUUCGCAAUAGGAAACCCCUGGUCCUUUCAGAACUGCAUCCGAUACUGAGGCUGUCUUCUCUCCUACUGAAGAAGAGCACGUGGAAAGGAAACAAAGGUGAGAAUGAGAAGUGGAAGGCCCGGCAUGCCUCAGCACAUCCCCAGGAAGAGACCACUCGUGCACUGGGGGUCAGGGCUGAACAGCCGUGCACAAAGAAAGGGCUUUGGCCUUAUUGUGAAUUUUUUAAUGUCAUCAUCAUAACCUUAUUUAUUUAAAUGUAGUUAUUUUGGUAUUUAAUUUUUUUUAAAGAGGAAAAAACCUGUAUUUUCCUGGUGGAAUGAAACAGCUCAGAAUGGUAUAUUCAGGCAAUUUUAAACGUUUAUUAUUCACCUACAGACCAAAUAAGAUAAAUCUGUUCUAAGUAUUUUGUGUUGAUCCACAGCAUGGAGCUGUCACAGUGUUCCUGCAGAUGUGCAUAUUAAAGAUUAUGAGAUCCCACACACUAGCUGGAUUUAUAACUCAGCCAUGUGAAAAAUAAAGAGAGACCAUCGUGUGAACACGGCCGUCUGUGUGACCGUAGCAAAACCCGAGCCUGCAGCAUGCUGGGGGCUCAUGCUUCCAGGUGCUUCACAGAUACCUUGGAAUGCAUAAUUUUGUUUUCUUGUUCAGAAAGUUGGCAAUUUGCAAAAUAACUUGGAUUUCCCUGUGUCCUGUGUGGGGUUGGGUCCCUCCAGAGCCAGCACAGAAGGAACAGUCCUGUGCUCACGUCCUCUGGCAGGGGACCAGCCUGGGAACUUUAGGCAGGUGAGUGGACAAAGCACCUUCUGGAGCCGUCUCUAAGGGCAUCCAGAAAGUCUCAGGAUGGAUUUGCCAUGCAUUGGCGCAGUCCAGAAAGUGGGUGAUUGUGAGCCCAAAAAAAGACUUUCUGGGGCUGGAGGGAUUAGUGUCAGGAUUACAUGCAAGAGAGUUGCCCAGUUCUCAGGUUUUAUAAAGGGAAAAGCACGAGUUGUUUUGCUAGAAGGGCAGCAUUCUAAAUCGUCAACUCAGACUAAAAGGUAUGCCUUUUUCAGGUGUGAGGGUGUUCUUUCCUGUUUCCCUCUGGAUGCCAUAUUUAGUUAGCUUGUUCAUUGCACUUAGGGAUUUAAGAAUAUCAAAGAGAGGGCAGAAAGAAAACCAUAGAUUAGCAAACUACCAUACCCCAGUUUUUCUUCCCAGCCUUUAAGGCAUUUUUUGAAGUUGGGGUUGAGCUCCGAAUUCCCAAGACCCCUCAGCACACCCAGGAUUACGGAACUCCUUCAGGAUGCAGCUGCCAGGCGCUUUCGGGGCUACCACGUCACCAUCCCGUCUUACUCUUUAGUCUCUUAACCCAGAUACGUGCACAGUGCGCUCCCAGCUAGCCACUUGAGAUCCUAAAUGUUCCUUUUCAAGAAGUCUCUGUUUUGACCUUUGCCAAACGUCUGAGCUCCCUCAGGGAAUAGAAACUUAAUUUCAACAGCUUUGGCCAGAACCAAACGGUAAUACAAAAGGGAAACUCACGUAGAAUCCAAAUUAUGUGUUGCAUUCCAAAGCGUCCACGGGAUGAUUUCUGGGUUGAUCUUCCUUUUGCUUCAGUAGAGCAUGUGCGUGGACAGUCGAGCUCUUUUAAUAUACCACCCACUUCCGUCAUUGUCCUCUGCUAGUGUAACAGAGUAGUCAGUAGUUAUGGUCAGAAGGGGGGUGGGGUGGGGGCGGUGUCAGGACUUGGGAUUUCUAUGCUGUGUGACACAGGAUAUAAGUAACAAUCUUAAAGUCCAGACUUACACUAUUCUAGAAAAUAUAGUGGUGAUUUGUGUGCAAAGAUUUGAAAUUUUAACAGAAAAGUACCAAGUUCCUGAAAUUCAAUAAAAUAUUUUUAUUAAUUUUAAUUGAAUACAGAGUAUCAUUCUCAUUUUGGUAAGUAUAAAUUUCAGCUGGCAUUUCUUUUUUGCUUUUUAACUUUAUGCCCUCUCUGAGCACACCAAAGGUCUAGAGGAUUGGGGAGAAAUUUCCCAAGGAGCAGCUUUUGAUUACUAGUAUAAAGGUUCUGCUAAUAGUCCAGGGUUUGCAUGUGAAAAGGGCAGAGUCAUGGGCAGUGCUGACAUUCUUGCUGAUUUUAUCUGUGGCGCUGGAGUUUUAAAGCUUAUUUUGAAGUUGUGGUUGUUACUGCCAUUUCUUCUGAAGACUUGCCCUUCAACCUUAAGGAUCAAGAUCAUUGCAAAUAAUUAGAUGUAUUCUCCCACGAGAUGAAAAAGAGUAUCUUCCAGAGGUCCAUGGGUGUUCAAGUUCAUACACCAUAACACUGUAAUCAUCUCACUACUAGAAAGUCUAUGGUAUGGAUUGUCGAUGUGCUAUAGCUUGCCGAAACAUUAUCAGAGGGAAGGAGCAGUACUGAAAAUAAGGACGUGAAGGCCCCUUUGGGCGCGAAAGAGUUCUUAAGUGGAGGUUCCGUACACUGAUGGCCUAAUUUAAAAACAGUUCAUAUUAGCAUAAAGAACUGCUCAUCAUAUAUGAGACUGUAUAUCCUCAUACAAAAGGAAGCAGUCAUUCACAGUUUUUUUUUUUUUUCAGAUCAUAUAUGAGACUAUAUCCUCUUAAAAAAGGAAGCAGGCAUUCACAGUUUUUUGGUUUUUUUUCAGAUCUGUUAUAUUAAUAGAUACUUUGAAAUGCAUGCCCCCUUUCUCUCAGGAAAAUCUGUUAACCUUUUAGGUUCGCCUUGUUGAAGGUAAAUGGAGUCAAAGAAGAGGUGACAGCUAUUCUAGAACAUAACCUAGCUUUAUUUAAAAAAAAAAAAAAAAAGUUGAAGGAAGGA